GAAAAAAUCGAUUUUUUCUAAACGAAAUCUGCAUUAACCCCCGAAAAUCAAUGGAAAGAAUACGAUUAAAAAAAAGACUUCUAAUCUCAUACUAAAGUAGACAAAAAUACGGGAAAUAUUAUUACCAGAAGUGAAGCUUAUAUAUAUUAAUCUUUGGAAAAAAUAGUAGAAUAUUUUUUAGAUGAUUCUAACAGAAAAAUAUUGGAUGAAUCAUUUAAAGAAGGUGAAAUUAGGGAUGUUUAUAGUGGAAAACUUGGAGUAUAAGAUAGAGAUUUUAGUAUGAUAUAAUUGAAAGCAGUUUUAAAUAAAAUAGUUUAUUUGUUGGCUUUUUCUAUUGAAAAUGAAAAAAUUCCCCCUUAACCUAAAAAAUGUACUCGUGCAGAACUUAUUAUAGGAGGAUGGUCUUUGUAGGAAGUUGAAAAAGGAAAAUGUAAAUGUAUUUAUAUCACUUGUAGUGAUUUAAAAGGAAAAAUACCCUAGUAUAUUAAAGAUUAGGUUAGUAAAAUGCAAACUAAUAUAGCUUUUAGAUUAAAAAAGGUUGUUGAAGGCAAAUGA